UUCCCCACUACGUACGCAGUGCGGGACCCAGAUACAUUAUUGACGUUAUUACAGACUGUACACGAAAUCUAUUUCUCCUCGGAGUCGCAGUAAAGUAUAGAGCGAAGAAUGGGAAGGAGUCUGCGUGGGGUUUUGUACGCUGAAAGCCCGGCCUUCUCCUCCCAACACCGACUUUUGCUUUUCAGCGGAAUAUCCAGGAGGGACUAGCUUUCGAGGAAGCUUAGCACAAGCUAGCUUAGCAGAGAGGCUAACUCGCUAGCUUCGCUGCUGCCUUAUUGUGGCCCUCCACCAACCUCCCAGCUAGCAUCCGUCGCAUGCACAGAAAGAAAAAAUGGUGUACCUGUUAAAUCCUAUAGAGAACCUGAGAAGCUACAUCAACAACCGUCCACCUCUGGUCAUUUUUAUGAUCAGCGUCAGUGCAGUGGCCAUUGCCUUCCUGACCAUCGGUUACUUCUUUAAGAUUAAAGAAAUCAAGUCUCCAGAGUUGACAGAGGACUGGAACACCUUUCUACUGCGCUUCAACGAGCUGGACUUCUGCGUCUCGGAGAAUGAGACGAUAAAGCACGGCCUGAACGAGUCCACCACGCCGGAGAGCAUGGUCGUGACCAGCGGCCAGGCUCGCUCCAGCACCCAGGCCCCGCUCCUGCUCGAGGACUCGGGCCCCAUUAACAUCUCGGUCCCCAUCACCCUCACUCUGGACCCCCAGCGUCCGUUUGGAGGGUACUCUCGCAAUAUCACGCACCUCUACGCCACAGUGCUGGGACAGCAAGUUGGCCUGUCGGGCCGGGAAGCUCAUGAAGAAAUAAACAUCACUUUCACCCUGCCCGUAUCCUGGAACUCAGACGACUGUGUGCUGCACAGCCACUGCGAGCAGGUGGUGUUCAGCACUUGCAUGACCAUCACAGCGGCCAGCAAUAUCUUCCCAGUCACAGUGCAGCCGCCACACUGCGUGCCGGAGACGUACACCAACGCAACAUCUUGGUACAAGGUGUUCACGACGGCCCGUGACUCGGAUACUAAAUACAGUCAGGACUACAACCCGUUCUGGUGUUACAAAGGAGCCAUCGGCAAGGUGUACCACGCACUCAACCCAAAGCUUACCGUCAUCGUUCCCGAUGACGACCGUUCCCUCAUCAACCUUCACCUGAUGCACACUAGCUACUUCCUGUUUGUCAUGGUCAUCACUAUGUUCUGCUAUGCAGUCAUAAAGGGGCGGCCUGGCAAAGUGCGACAAACCAACCCCGACUUCUGCCCUGAGAAGGUACAUCAGACACCAGCAGUGCUAUAUGACUUCAACAGGUGGCGUUGUCAGAGGGUUAAAAAGACUUCAGAGCGAUAUGGCAGGACUUACCCGUAACACGGACGAAUUCAAAGAAACAGAAGAAAGAAAAAAUAAACAUACCAGUUGCCUAGUGAUCCCCGGAAAUACGAUAAGGGACACAAAAGCUCUGUGAAUGCAUUACUCUUGCAAUGUUGGGUUUCUCCAACCAAAGAUAUACAAGUGCCUGUAUCUGUGGUGUAAAUAUUUGUAGGAACUCUGAUAUUCUGUGCAAAACCUUUUUUGUUUGUUUUGUUUUGUUUUUGUUUGUUUUUUUUUGUCUUAUUUUUGCCUGAGUCCCCAUGUGCCACAUCAGAAAUCAGAACAUGCAGUACGUUAAAGCAGAAGGCCAGGUCCAAAAACAAAAAAAAACACAAAAAACAAAUACAUCGCUGUUUUUCUUUCUGCCGCGUUUCAUCACGCAAUAUUUAAAAAAAAGAAAAAAGAAAGAAAAGACAAAGAGAGAGAAAUAAUAUUGAUGAGAUGUGACUUUCUGCUGUAAGUGUUUCUCAGAGUCAGCAUGAUGCUCGGUCAGUUGAAGUUUGCGGCUCAAGGAGGGAAGAGAGUGAAGUAGCACUUUUCUCUGCAGCGUCAGAAGUUUAUUUAUUCGGACCCUCCGUCGCGUCCCGACCAGCUGCAGGAACUUCCUGUGGUCAGUUUUUAGGUCAGGACGAGUGGCCGCCACACCGAAGACGUCGUCCUGCCUUCUGUUCUCCUGCGUCUGCUCGCCUUCCUGCCUCCUCUCGUCUUCUUUUCAUUCGCCGCCGGUCGCUUUGAGCUGCAGCAGCGUUUUGCGGCUCGGUCCGGUCUCCUCCGUCGCACUCGGAGGAAACGAAACAUUUUCUUGCCUUACCUACUCGGUGGACUUGCUCGCUUAAGAAUAGGCUGCGAGAUGAGCCAGUGGUCUGAGAUCCUUUGUCCCAUUGAUGUAAAUGUCAAGUGGCCCUUGAGUUAUUAUAUUUUGAUGCGUUAUGUUUUUUUUUUUUUUUAUCAGUCCAGUUGCACGUGUUUGCAUAGUCAGUGCACCUUCAGAUUUCUUGCACAUUUUGUUCUUUUCACCUGUGAGGUUUUUUUGUUUUACUUUUUUUUAUUUUGUGUGUUUCCAAAAUCAAAUUCUGAUAUUGAGGGUUUAGCCUUGAAGUAAAGAUAAAUAUAAUUAUAUACUAGCAUAUAAUUAUAUUUAUGAUUAAUAUAUUUAUCGUUAACACACGAUCUUUUUUUUAACUGUUUAGCAGUGAAACAAAAUGUGCAACUCAUUGUCUUUUUUUUUUUGUUGUUGUUGGUUUGUGUCUUGUGUGGAUGCACGUGAGUGAGUUUGGGCGGCGUCGAGGUGGACUGCUAUUCUCCGAUAUCUGGUGCCCGAGCAUCUGAUCUGCAAACGACUCUCACUUCUCAUUGCACAGAAAUGAAACGAGCUCAAGCUCCUCAGAUUUCCGAUUGGCUCUCGUUGUGUUUGGCUGAAUCUCUUUAUUUGAGAUCACAGCGAACUUUGACAAUCAUUCAUUCGAAACAUACAAAAAAAAAAGAAAAUUUAAAACAUCAGAUGGUAAAUUGGGCAAAAUAUCGACGGGAGAAUUAAGAAACCAUGGAAACAGUCUACUGUGUGUUCGCUUUUAAUGUUCAUGAUGUAUGAUGUUUUGAUUUUUUUUUUUCUUUUGUCUUUCAAUAGCGAUUAUUGAUACUUACCUCUGUGCUAUAAUUUUGUUCCAUAAUUGACGUACCUGUUGAAUGUACUUUUUUAUAAGCAGCAUAAUCUAAAUCUGAGAUGCAAGAAUUCCAAGUGAUUUUAAACUAUGAUGUAGUUUUUUUUUUUCCUCUCUUUCUGUUCGAAAGGCUUUACUUGAAUUGUGAUUUUGUUCGAGUGGUUAAAAACAAGGUUUAUCUUUUUUUUUUUGUGACGGAAAUGAAUCUCUGGUCAUUGUUAUUGCAUCAAACACAUACUGGUUUGAGUUUCGUGUGUGCGAGUGUGAAUGGAGGCGAAUGAGUGAAAGUCAAUGGGUUUUGGUCCUGACGGUUGUGAUUAUUUUCCCCCCACACUGAAUGAUGCUAGUACAAAGUCUUCCUAUUUCUCACGUGUAUCAUAUUUGAGCAUGUAUCCUCUCUUGCUUUCGUCCUGCCAUUUGGACUUUUAUUUGCAGUUGUAAAUUCUGGGUGAUGGAUGGGGAAGUGGAACUCGUGAAUGAAGCAUGCCAUACUUUUUUCUUAUUUUUCUCUUUCUUUUUUUUUUUUUGCCAAAACGUCAAAAUGAAUAUUUGUAUCCUGCUUCUCGUCCCUCCUCGUUGCGUUCAUCCUCGUUUCAGAAUCGCUUCUAUUUAAUUGCAAAAUGCCUUAACAUUGUCCAGUUUCACUUGUCUUUGCUUCACAUAUCACACAUUGUAAUACGCAGCCAAACGAGUAGUCUUUAUAUCGCGUGUGAGCUCAAACGCUUCGUGUGUGCAUUUUGGAGUUCGAGGAGAGGCUGCUUGCCGUUUUAGUUUCCAAGCUACUCCACUAUAUCACCAAGGACUGGAGUUUAAAAAGAAAAAGCAAAAAAAAAAGCAGCGGAUUCAUGUCCUCUUUAAGUUGCACCAUGUCACAAUGUUGUUUGCUUUACACGAAGCAUCUCGAAUAAAAGGCCGGCCACCACACCCCGUUACCCUCCUCAUCAUGUUAGCAGCGCUUACAGGCAAGUAUUAAGCCAACUCUGUGCCUUCUGCACUGUCGAGCUGCAUCCACCUCUCUGUACAUACAUAAGAUAGGACCAUAGGUUUAAAUGUGGCUAGGACGUCCUUCAGACCCCUCCCCUCCUCCUCCUCCCCUUCCUCCUCCUCCUCCUCCUCCUCCUCCUCAUCCUCCUCCUCUCUCCAGUGGAACUGCUGUAAAUGAAUCCAAGUUUAAAUAAACUGUCUCUAAACUUCAAAA